UUGUUGUUGCAGCGGAAGAGAAGGGACCAUCGACAUAGCCAGAAGCUUGGCUAGCAGCAAGCAGGUAAGGCUUUGGAGAGUAGCGAAGGGAGAGAGAGAGAAGGCAGUGGGAUUUGAGUGAGAGACGGCCUCGGCGAGACUGCAGAAUACUAUCUUUAGCGUUUGUAAGGGGGGCCUUCUUUGGCGUCCUGUGAUGCUUUGCCUGCACUCCCCUCUUCCCCGUCUUUUCCAGCUGUGGUCACGCUUGAUUUUGCUGCAACCAAGUUAAUUACUUUCUGCAUUACGCCUCAGUAAUGUUUGCGGUCGCGGGAUUCACGUUCUGGAGUUUAGUUUUGAGGGCAGAAGGAAGGUGAUGACGUGAUUUUAGUGACGAGGUAAUGAUGUCAGGGCUUGAUCGACAGUGUUCGAGGGGGAUUUGAAGAGAUUGUGUGAGGUGGACAGGGAGAGAGAGAGAGAGAGAGAGAGAGAGAUGGGGAUGAGAUGACGUUGAGGUUGCGGGGGAUUUAGAUCGAGAGGGGAACGGAGGCAGAUGGAGCACAAAGGCAUGGUGUUGAAGGGAGGGCAGGGAUUAGGGGGUGGACCUGGAGGAUUGUUGGUGAACCAAGACGAGGCGUUCAAGACGGUCUUGGCGACGGCGCAAGACGGAAUGGGAGGGUUGCACGUGGGAUCGGAGGACGGGAGAAGAGCUGGAAUUGUGGAUGGCGUGCCGCCCGAGGACAAUCUCGCCUCAAGCAUCACACGCCAGAAAGUUGCUGCGGCGAAACAGUACAUUGAAAAUCAUUACAAGUCGCAGAUGAAGAGCUUGCAGGAACGGAAGGAAAGGCGCUGGACCCUGGAGCGAAAGUUACAAGAUGCCGAUGUGUCUCCAGAGGAUCAGCACCACUUAAUAAAGGAUCUGGAGCGUAAAGAGACAGAGUUCAUGCGGUUGCAGCGUCAUAAAAUGGGUGUGGAGGAUUUUGAGCUUUUAACAAUCAUUGGACGAGGCGCCUUUGGAGAGGUAAGACUCUGCAGAGCAAAAGCCACAGGCGAAGUUUAUGCCAUGAAGAAAUUGAAAAAAUCCGAGAUGUUGUCAAGAGGGCAGGUUGAGCAUGUGAGGGCUGAAAGAAAUUUGCUGGCAGAAGUGGAUAGUCACUGUAUCGUGAAGCUCCAGUAUAGCUUCCAGGACUCUGAGUACCUAUACCUGAUCAUGGAGUACCUUCCUGGAGGUGACAUGAUGACGUUAUUAAUGCGUAAGGAUACCUUAACAGAAGACGAAGCUCGCUUCUAUGUGGCACAGUCCGUUUUGGCGAUUCAGUCUAUCCAUAAGCACAACUACAUCCAUCGGGACAUCAAGCCUGACAAUCUGUUACUGGACAAGAAUGGGCAUAUGAAACUAUCUGAUUUUGGAUUAUGCAAACCUUUAGAUUGUAGGGCCCUAUCAACGUUGCAUGAGCAUGAGCCCAGUACUGAUGAGGAAUACCGGGAGCCUAUGGACGUAGAGAGUGGGCGUCUACAGCCUUCCUCGCGAGGGCUGCCAAAUCGUAGUCAGCAAGAGCAGUUGCAGCACUGGCAGCGUAAUCGGCGGAUGCUGGCAUAUUCCACCGUUGGCACACCCGACUACAUUGCACCUGAAGUGUUGUUGAAGAAAGGUUAUGGCAUGGAGUGUGAUUGGUGGUCACUUGGAGCCAUCAUGUUUGAGAUGUUAGUUGGUUAUCCACCUUUCUAUGCGGAUGACCCUAUGAAUACAUGCAGAAAGAUAGUAAAUUGGAGAACAUACCUCAAAUUUCCAGAUGAGGCUAAGUUAACACAUGAAGCCAAGGAUUUGAUUUGUCGACUGCUCUGUGAUGUAGAGCAUCGUCUAGGGAGUAGAGGUGGAGAUGACAUCAAGGCGCAUCCGUGGUUCAAAGGGGUUCCAUGGGACAAACUAUAUGAAAUGGAGGCUGCGUACAAGCCAGAAGUUAAUGGGGAACUUGACACUCAAAAUUUUGAGAAGUUCGAUGAGGUGAAUUCUCAGCCUCAUGCUUCAAGAUCAGGACCUUGGCGGAAGAUGCUGACUUCCAAGGACACAAAUUUCGUGGGAUAUACGUUUAAGAACUCGGAUGUGUUUAAGGGGAUGAUGAACUCGCCAAUUGCGGAGCUCAAGAAGAAACCUCAGCCCAAGAGACCAUCCAUCAUAUCUCUCUUUGAUCAUACAAACGUUGGUGCAGUAUCCAACGGUGAGGAGUCUGGUGACACACACUUUGACGUCGCAGCUGGCCAAUCUGAUGAAUCAAAUUCAUCAUCCUCACUACGUAAACCUCAAAGCAGUAGAUGACGGAUGUUCGAUUCAGGUGGUUCCAACCUAUUUUCUGAGAAUCUAACUAUUCAUAUCUAAGGACAGUGGAACUAGAGCCCGUAUAUUAAAGGUAUGUGUCUGGUAUAUAGCUGUAGUGUUGAGGAUGUAGCGUUGACGGGUUUAUAUUCUUGAAUACUGGUUGGUUUGGUAAAUAGUUCGACAUUGUCUGGAUGGUGUCUUGAAGAAUACAGUCUUGCCACGCUAAAAACUUGUGCCUGUUUGAUGUAUGCGAUGUACAACAAGUACCAUCAUGAAGUAAUAUCAGAUAUCCGAGUAUAGGCAAAGACCUUGGGUUAGAGUGACGAAGCGCUCAAACUAGGUGUUCAGUAAAACAUCCAGUCAUAUUACUGUAAACCAUCCUGUCGAUGAUUUGUUUUCACCGAAGAUCUAUAAGCUUUACUCCUGUGGAUCAUGACUUAAAGCCUUGCCAUUAAAUUCUAUCGAUUCAUGAC